UCAUAUGCAUUUAUCUUCACUCUGGUGAGGGUUCAGACGUGAUAACUCCCGUGGUUCCCCAUAUCCGUAGGAGCUGGCGUGUUUGCUGCUUGCUGUCUCCCUUCCAUUAGCCUCAGCUACUGGAUUUCCCACCCAGAAUCUUUAGGUAAAUGAGAUCAUGAUUCUGGAAGGAAGUGGUGUAAUGAAUCUCAACCCCAACAACAACCUCCUCCACCAGCAGCCAGCCUGGACAGACAGCUACUCCACGUGCAAUGUUUCCAGCGGCUUCUUUGGAGGCCAGUGGCACGAAAUCCACCCUCAAUACUGGACCAAAUACCAGGUGUGGGAGUGGCUCCAGCACCUUCUGGACACCAACCAACUCGAUGCCAGCUGCAUCCCUUUCCAGGAGUUCGACAUCAACGGCGAGCACCUCUGUAGCAUGAGUUUGCAGGAAUUCACCCAGGCGGCUGGGACAGCGGGGCAGCUCCUCUACAGCAACCUGCAGCAUCUCAAGUGGAACGGCCAGUGCAGCAGUGACCUGUUCCAGUCUGCACACAAUGUCAUUGUAAAGACCGAACAAACAGACCCUUCGAUCAUGAACACCUGGAAAGAAGAAAACUAUUUAUAUGACACCAGCUAUGGUAGCACAGUAGAUUUGUUGGACAGCAAAACUUCCUGCCGGGCCCAGAUCUCCAUGACAACCACCAGUCACCUUCCUCUUGCAGAGUCACCUGAUAUGAAAAAGGAACAAGACCACCCUGCAAAGUCUCACACCAAAAAGCACAAUCCUCGAGGGACUCAUUUAUGGGAAUUCAUCCGGGACAUCCUCCUGAACCCAGAGAAGAACCCAGGGUUAAUAAAGUGGGAAGACAGGUCUGAGGGCAUCUUCAGGUUCUUGAAAUCAGAGGCUGUGGCUCAACUAUGGGGAAAAAAGAAAAAUAACAGCAGCAUGACCUACGAAAAACUCAGCCGCGCUAUGAGAUAUUACUACAAAAGAGAAAUUCUGGAGCGUGUGGAUGGAAGAAGACUGGUAUAUAAAUUCGGGAAGAAUGCUCGUGGUUGGAGAGAAAAUGAAAACUGAAGCUGCCAACACUUUGAACACAAACCAAAACACAUACCAGAUAAAUGACAAAGAACUCCUGGACAUAAAUAUUUCAAAGACGGCUUUUCUCUGAUAUUUAUGUACCAAAAGAAAAAAAAAAUCUACUUCUAACGGGAAGAAGGAACACUACAGUUGAUAAAAUUAUUUUGUUACUUUGAAGUAUGUCCUAUCUGGGGAACUAACGUACACAGUUUUCUGUGAAAUAUGAUGCUGUAUAAGGUUGUGAUUUUUUUUUUGUCUCUAUUGUGAAGUUCUUUUCCACUGCAAGAAUAACUGGGUUUGUAACCUCGUGCUUCUUGCUAAGAGAAAGAGAAAAAAAAUCAGAGGGCAUUAAAUGUUUUUAUAUGCAAAAUGAUUCAGAAUAAGGUGAUAUAUCCUCGGCACAUAAGCAGCCAUGCGGCUUUGUCAAGAGAGGUCGGUCGGUUGCUAGGUGAACUCCAGGAUCUCAAGUUAAGGUCAUAAACCUGAAGGAUGCUGGGAAGCCUAACCUGCCCUCUAGGAGCCAGUGAGUGGAGAAUGGGGACUUCCAGAAUCCAGGGUGGACUGUAAUCUCUGUGUAAUCACAUGACUUCCAGUGUUUAAAUCAGUGAGAAGAAUAAUAGGAGGGAGGGCUUUAUACUCAUUCUGAAGUGAUUUACCUGAUGCCAAGGCAAUCCACCCCCCACCUUGGAUGGUUGGUUAAAAAAAGUUCAAUUGCCACCUCUGCUUACAUGUAAUUAACAUUGAUACAGUAGUUAAAAGCUUGGCUGCUAAUUGAAAGGUCGGUGGUUCGAACCCACCAGCUACUCCAUGGGAGAAAGACGUGGCAGUCUGCUUCUGUAAAGAUUUACGGCCUGGGAAACCCUGUGAGGGCAGUUCUGCUCUGUCCUAUAGGAUCGCUAUGAGUCAGAAUAACUCCAUGGCAAUGGGUUUGGUUUUUUUUUUUUUUUUUUUUCAGCCUUGGUUGUUUUUAUCUCAACUGCUUAAAAAUAAGUGGGAAAAAGGAGGUGGUGGUAUGGAAGUGACUGCUGAGUUUGCUACCGUGUCUCUUUAGCCCUGUGUUUCUUAAUCACCACUACUGACAUUUUUGAGGCUGGAUAGUUCUUUCUUGUGGGUCUGCCUUAUGUAUUGCCGAAUGUUUAGCUGUAUCCCUGACCUCUACCCGCCAGCUGUGACGGCCAAAAUGGUCUCCAGAUUUUGCCAAAUGUCACCUGGUAAGAGCCACUGAGUUAGCCAGUCAAGAUGAAAGAUGGCAGUAUAUUCUCAGGCCAAAAAGAUUUGUAACAUCUUUUUUUAGUCUCUAGAGGGAAGCAAAAGCAAGACUUCAGUGUCAACCUGUUUUUAAUUUUUGGAAGUUUGAGACAAUGGGUUGAAAUAGCUAGAGGGACUUAUUUUCAGAACCCCAGAUGAGAGCCAAAGUCAGACAAAUUAAGUAUAGUUAUGUAGCAUGAGCUACAAUAGAAAACAUUUUCACUAGAAUUACAAUGCAGAGACACAGUUAUAUUGCAGAAGGAAGAAAUGGGAACACGCUGAGGGAAUCCUUGCAAGAAUGGACAUAUGAGUCUGUGUGAGUUCUGGGGAAAUCCAUCCUUGUGGGUUUUAAUACUUAUAAUCUUUCCUCUUUUAGAUCAUCUUUCUUCUGUCUCACUUGAACUUGUCCUAAAGUGAAUGGUUUGUUGGCUAGACUUGCAACCAAAGGAAUGUUAAAAAAGAAGAAAAGAAAGAAAGGAAGAAUAGAAAAGGAAAACAGAAAAUUCAGCUCAGGAGCUAGUGACAGUAGGGAGUUUAGGACCUUCUUGCUCUGGGGUACCAGGAAAGCUGUCAUUGGGCCAAGCAAUGUGUAGAAAGAUUAGCCUAUAGACACUUUAAAAAACGGAUUUGAAAAUCCACAUCUCUUUUGCAACUUUCCCUCUGGGUCCCCUGUGUCCUUGACUUUGUCCUCUAUCCUGUUUCUUUACCUUGUACGAUAGUAUGAGGAUGACAUGUACCAAGAGGAGGGAGUAGAACCUACUGGGUCUUCAUAAAUUAAUAGAGCACCUACUACAGUGUCUUACCCAAUGGAGCUCUGCAAAUCAUAUUUGAAGUUUGCAAAGUGUUGGUAAUGUAUCCAGAAGUAAGAAGAAUUAAGAACUUGUCCCAGUUAUAAUGAGAGGAAGGUGGGUGCUCUGGGAGUACCAUCUUACUGAGAUGAAUGACCUGAAGGUACAAGCAAGUCUGUCCAUUUUUAUUUCUGCCCAGCUUGGUCACUUCCACAAAGGUGUUGCUUGGUAUUGUCAAGUAACAGCUAUGAGGGGAGCUGAGAAAAAUCAUAAUGAACAGCAAAGAUCUUGACUAUGCAAACGAGACAUUGCUGCAUAAAGACAAACCCUGCUUUUCAAGCAAAAGUCAAGAAUUGUGGGACCUUCCUAGCACUUGGCUGUCCCUCACACAGAAUGUUUUAAACAUCCAGGUAUUUGAAAUUGGUGUCACAAGUGAAUAUUUGUAAGUCUGUGUGUGUCUGAAUUGUAUGAAGUUCUGGGGAGCAUCUCACAGUUCCCUCUCUGCCGUUCCUUCCUUGACUUUGCCCCUGUGCAUCACACAAAGUAGCUAGAUCUUUCUCUGAGUUCACCCUUCCCCAAACUUGUAAGUUUCUCACUUCCCCCCAAAUUGGCCUGGGUUCUUUCAGCAACCUCUCCAUUGAAGAGCAAUCACUGGUAGUUUUAAGUGAAUCUGGGGAGUACCAAUCAGAACAGCUCUGCUGAUAAUGAGCAGAUUGUGUUAUUUGUUGGAAGUGAUGGUUUCUUGGCACCUGGUGCCUGCUUAAAUGGGCUGGAGUAUUAAGUUCUCAGACUCUUUCUCUAUUGUCUUGGCUUGAGUUUGAUGCGUUUGCUAUGUGCUGUUCGUGACUUGGAGAACUCAAGGUAAUCAAGCCCUGCCAACUUGGGGUGUGAACAGAGUACGUUCCAGCAUGGUGUUGAAAGGGAGAGCAAAGUCCCAGAGACAAGCCAGUAUAAGGUGGAGUACCCACCUUCUUUUGGGGACACACAGCUUCUCAUUUGAGAAUGUACACAUGGUCACAAAGCAUGGUCUCCUCGAACUCUUGUUAAACUGAAGGCCUGGGCUCUUAUUUGCAGUCUUCAUGGGAACCUGAGUCAGGAAAUGUAUUGCUAAGACUUUACUAGACCUGGAUCAUCUGAUGAUCCUAGAUAUUUGACUUGAUGAAACUUGAGCAAGGACAUAUCCUACAGCUUCUUGAAUGUGCUUUCUGAGCAGGCAGACUCAGGUUAUGUUUUCUUUUGAGCACACUGGUCCUUUCUCAAAAGUUCUUGCCUUGCUAGACUGUAAGCUCUUUGAGGGCAGGGAUUGUGUCUUGUCACUACUGUUUUCCCAGGUACUCAAUAUUUGUUGAGUUAAUGAAUGAAUGUCUUCUGGAAAACUCCUCUGAUUGGAGGCCAUAUCGAUAAUUGGGACAUGAAUCAUUUCUACACUGGAAUAAGAGCAUGAGGACCAAACCCUCAAGCACAUGUUACCUAUUAGAUGAACAUUUUACUGUGAGACUCUUUACUUUGCCUUCCUACCUGUGCUGAAAUGAAACCAAAAACAGGCUGUUCAGUUCCACACGUCAAUCUGUGUUGGAUGAGAAUUCUGUUGCCUUAUUUGGAACUGUGAGAUCCCUGGUAGAAGAAGCCAGUAAUGAACUUUUGACCUGUUUUAACCAAUGAAGAUAAUGAAUAUGUUUAUAUGAUGUAAAUUGCUAUUUAAAUGUAAAGCAUUUCUAUGUUUGAGUAUUUUUGGGUUGGUUUUUAUUUUAUUUUUUUCAUUUUGAAAAAUACUGAGGAAUCUUUUCAUAAGGUUAGUAAGGCAUGUUAGAUUUUAGUUUUGCAAGUGUGUUAUUUUUCAAAUGCAUAAAAUAGGAAAAAAGGUAAACUAGUAAGAGGGAAAGGCAACUAUAUUAUUCUUCUAUAGUUAAAACAAGUGUUUGUUGAGUGGCUACUAUGUGUACAGCAUGGAACUCUACAUGUGAGGAGCUUGUGUAAUUUUACAGGGUGUAAUAGAUGCUUGAUGUACUGGGUGGAUACUUAUUGUAUGAACAGAAGAGCAGCAUAGCAAUCACAAUACCAGAGCUGAAGUAUUCUCAGCGUUGGCUCUCAGGAUUCAGUUUCUGGAAAAGAGGUAGAGCAUUUAAAAAAUGCGUUGAGACUUAUGAACCACUGAAAUGUACAGGCCUUCACAAGUUUAGCUAAAUUGGGAUUAAUCUUUCUAUAGCUGUCUGCAUAAUUCUUGCUUUCCUUCCCAUUUGGUUUCUGGGUUGGCAAUUUUGUGGGAAACAACCCAACUGCCACUAUUUUUUAAAAAUCAGAAAUCUUGCCCUUUUAAACUACUCAGUUAAAUUCACAUUGAGGAUUUCUGUUUUGUGAAAGAAGUAUAUUUUUCCAAAUACGGUUUCUUGUUUGAUGGGUCCCAGAAACACUAAUAAAAACCACGUAGACCA